AUUGACAGUUGAGUCCGCGCGCGGCGUUUCUUCACAGAAGUUUCCGGAGCCGCUCCGCCGCGCGGGUUUUCUCAGUUCCUCCGGACCGGGUCGGGUCGGAUCGGAUCGGAUCGGAUUAGCGCUGUGGAAGCUGUCGGGCCGCUGUGAGUGAGCGCUGGGGAGAUGAGAGUUUAGGAGCGGCGCUAAGCCGAGAGAAAAGGCCGAGUAAAGGGCUCUCAGUGCCGCGGUGAUGGCUGCCGGGGACGGGGCGCAGCUGCCGGCGACACUGGCGGCCAGCAGGAGCGUGGAGAAAGCGCUGGAGGAGGCGGCGGCCAGCGGAGCGCUCGUUCUGUCCAGCCGCAAACUCAAGGAGUUUCCCCGCACAGCCAGGAACUACGACCUGUCCGACAUCACACACGCAGACCUGUCAAAGAACCGGCUGUGUGAGGUGCCAGAGGAGUUGUGCCAGUUCAUCUCUCUGGAGACACUCAGCAUCUAUCACAACUGUGUGCGCUCCGUCCCCUCCACCCUCUGCCAGCUACAGGCUCUCACCUACCUCAACAUCAGUCGGAACCAGCUGUCCAGUUUGCCCGUGUCGGUAUGUGAGCUCCCUCUGUUGCGGGUGCUCAACAUCAGCAACAACAAGCUACCAGUCCUUCCUGCUUCCAUACACAAACUUGCACAUCUCCGGCAACUGGAUGUGAGCUGUAAUGAGCUGCAGUGUUUGCCGGUGGAACUGGGUCAGCUGGAGGGUUUACGGGAUCUGAACUUGAGAAGAAAUCAGCUCACGACCCUACCAGAGGAACUGGCCGAGUUGCCGCUCGUCCGUCUGGACGUCUCCUGCAACAGAAUUUCCCACAUUCCCGUGUGCUAUCGGCACUUGCGGCAUCUCCAACUCAUCUCGCUGGACAACAACCCUCUGCAGAUGCCCCCAGCACAGAUCUGCUCCAAAGGGAAGUUCCACAUUUUCAAGUAUCUAAACAUGGAGGCGUGCAAAAGGAGCCAGGACCAGCUGGAGAGAGCGCUGCGACCCAGCGGCUUCGGCAGCUGUCUUUCGGAUCAGGAGCUGUUCCCUGGUCAGUAUGGUGGUCUGGACUCUGGCUUUAACAGUGUAGACAGUGGCAGCAAGAGAUGGUCUGGAAAUGAGUCGGCUGACGAUUUUUCAGAGAGAUCUUUGCGAUUGUUGGAAAUUUCCCGUGAGCAGCACAGGGAAGAGGACGAGAGGAACGCGUUGCUGGAUACACCUAAAGUGAAUGGAGACGUGGAGCAGGUGGAUUUCAUUGUCGGCAGUUUAACAGAAGAGGAUGAGGAAAGCUGCAAACAACUCGCUCCCAGUCCUCCACGGUCAUCACUCGCACAGGAGAAGACUGAAAGCAGGUCCACGCCCUCACAGAGCCCUGAUUCAGUUGGCAGCAGGAGGAGUGUUGGCAGCGACUCGACUGAUGCAGGCUGUCCGUCCAGUCCCACACUAGAGGAGAAGAAGAGGCCUGGCACGCUGCAGCUCUGGCAGGAGAGGGAGCGUGCGCAGCAGCAGCAGAGGGAGCGUCUGCAGAAGACAGCAGCGAAAACAGGAAGUCAGUCAGCGACAGCAGGCAAACAGACAGGAACAGGAAGUGUCUCGUGUGGUGACUCUACAGACAGCAGCACCGCUGUUAACGGGCUCCGCCAAAGAUCUGUUACUGUGGAUCAGAUUUAUCCAAUUUCCCUGCAGCGUUCAACAAGCCGCACAGAUGUGCCCUCUGCUAAGCCAUGUUCUCCCACUGGCAGCGCUCCCAAACCCAACAGCUUCCUCUUCCGCGCCUCUUCCCGCUGCAACGUCAGGACUUCAGGAUCAAUGCAGUCUCUGGCUGAGUCAGGUCGCAGUGAGUCCCGAUCCACGCUCAAAUCACCACGAGAGGAGAGAGCAGAAAUCUUGCAGUUACGCAAGUCCCUGGAGUCUUCUCUAAAGAUCACCCUUCCAGAAGAUCUCGGCGAAUCCUUGUCCAACGGCACCAUCCUCUGCCAGCUAGCCAAUCACAUACGUCCUCGGUCGGUGACGAUCAUCCACAUCCCCUCCCCUGCUGUGCCCAAACUGAGUGCCGCCAAGUGUCGUCUCAACGUUGAAAACUUCCUCGCCGCCUGCCGCAAGCUGGGCGUUCCUGAGACGGAGGUGUGUCUAGCGUCUGAUAUCCUCUGCAGUAAGCUGCGUGCCGUGCAGCGCUGUGUGGAGUCUCUGUUGUCGAUAGGAAGAGGAGGAGAGGAGUUGAAGGAGGAGAUAAAAGCACACUCUCCCCCUGUCUCUCCCUUCUCCCUCGUCCCCACCGGCUUCUUGCUCUUCUACUGCUUCGUCAUGGGCCUGCUCUACCUGCUCUACCACCACCUUACCGCAUAAAGCGCAUACGUUUGUGUCUUACGUGAGAGCAUGUGUCCGGUCUAAUCAGUGUAUGCGCUUCCACAUGUUCAUAAGGCUUUGCAGUAGCGCACUUCUUCCACACUGCGGCACUCGAGGCGUACGCUGCCGAGAGCACGACGUGAGAUGGAGACGCGCCAUAAGUAGAGCUAACUGCACUGCCAUCCAGACAGCCUGGCAAUGGCGCGCACACAUACGUACACUUAUACGCCACACACUAUAAGCUGCAGUGAGUAGAUAUGGAAUCAACACAGUGGUUUUUAUGCUGUAUCUGUUUUAAGCAGAAUUGUAUAUAAAGAUACUUAAUACUGUUACAAGUUUAUGGACAGAAAGACUUGGUGGGAUUGCAGUCUGGGGUGGGUUUUUUAUUUUUAUUUUAUUAUUAUUAUUUUUUUAAACUUAUGAAUUACAAAACAAGCAUUUUACGUAAGCUGCCCAGACAAAAAUGACUCUCAUCUGCUAUUUCUUUUCUGAUACUUGGUUAUGCUUCCUGUCACCUGAAUAACAGCGCCAGUCCUGGUGGGUGUGGAAACCAGCAGAACCUUCUGUCCGUUAGACCACUCUUUCACUUACUGGGUGCAACUCGGCUACACUUCGUAUAGACUACUUUUAGUAUUUCGCCUGCUGUUGUAAAUAGUCCUACAUGGUUUUUUUCGAGUUUUUUUUUUUUAAACGCCCAUUCACUCCCCUUGGCCGACUCUAGCCUGUCACACGUCAGCUACCAGUUGGCGAGUGUGAGCGCUCGCUUUCUCCGAGGCAUAUAAAGUCAGUCGCGGUAUCUUUCUGAACUGCUGCUCAGCAAAUGAAAGUGCUGUCUGCCCUCUUCCGCAUACAUGAGCUCACAGACGCUCUGAAAAAUCGUCGCUCUGAUCAACAGGCGAGAGAGCAUGACCAGAUUUGCCCUCUAGGUAUCGUUCGGAUUCGGAUUCGCAAGCCAACGCCUUUCUGUUGUGUCGUUUGGGAGCCACGUGCUCUCCGUGUUGUCUGUACAGAGAUGCCUAUGUCUGUGGUUUAGUUGUAGCAUUUAUGAUUUUUGACCAAACAGGAAUGAAAUUCAGACCAAAUACAAAUUUUGUAAAGGAGAGAGAGGGUACUUUUUGCGCUUCGUACUUUCGACUUUAUCAAGGUUGCGUGAGCUAACAGGAAGCGAAAGGUGUAGGAUUUUGCAUUGCAGGUUAUUCAGAAAUAAAAUAGAAGGCUGACGUGUAACCUGAUCUUUCAGUUAUUAUAUAUUGUACCAGAUCCUCUUUGGGCAGACAGGUUAUGAUUUCCUGUUGGUAACGAAACGCUAAACGAGAGAUUUAUUGCCGUUCUCGUGAACGCCAUCCUGACCUCUGACACAUGUUCGAGUUUUGUGGUAAAGUUCAGAAUUUUCUUUCUGCCUGCUAAGAUUUUCUCGUUAGCAGCUUUUGGCUUCGCUGUCUAAGGGGUUGAGGUGAGGUUUGCAGGCGAGUGUCCAAGUGUGUUCUCAUGCUUGUUGAUUUGGUCCUGUGAGUGUCAGUGUUGUGUUCUGCUUGAAACCGAAGCACCAAACCUCAGGAUCUGGCCAACAGACUGACCAUGAUUUUAAUGAUGUGUACCUUCGUCUAUGUGCUGCUAUUGAUGGAUAUGGAUGAUGUGGGUUUUUUUUUUUUUUUUGUCUGGGGAGCUUAUUAGAACCCUUAAAACAACGCUGUCUAUUGCAGCUGGAUGAUCUUACUCCGAAAUGGUCUGUUUUUAAACUGGUAUUUAUCUGUUCUUAGUGUUCACUUCCCAAAGGGCUUUGCACCGCUUUGCCUUAGCUUACACACAGGAUCGAGCUUUGAGGAUGGUGAGGCGGUGGUAUUUGUAUGUGUCCCUGGGAAAGUGUUUUUAUACAACGGUUUAUUUCGCCACCGGCACAAAUUGUCAAAUCCGCUCACAUCUUGUUCAAAGGGCUUUAAAUUGUUUUCACCACUUUGUCUCAGUGCUUGCAAAUGUAAGUGCCUGCAGCGUCUGACUGAAGCUACUGUUCCAAACUCCACCAUGUCCUUGUCCAUUCCAGUCUCUCUGACCCACAGCAUGUGUGAUGUAACGUUUUGGACCGUUGUGUGCAAAUGAGUAUUAAAGACCCUGUUCCCAUUUGUUCAGAAAUGCUCAAUCAGAAUAUUUCUUUCAAGUGUUGCGGUCGAGGGACUGGAAUGAAAUGUUCGCUCUUCGUUUUUUUGUUUUGUCCUGUUGACUGACUGUGACCACCAGGGGGCAGCGGUGUUCCACAACUGCACUCAAAGCUAUACGUCUUAUGGUACCGAAGUAACGGUUCAGAGUUCUGAUGUUGUAUGUACGUCUGUUGUUUUGGUCAGCUUGCUAUAUGUAAAAUUAAGUUAUUGUUUAUUUAUUCAUGCAUUCCUGUGUCGAGCAGCAGUAUUGGGUGAAACACGGCCUCUCUGAGCAAAUCCCUAUCAGCUCUCUCAAAGCACUGCGACAUUUCGUAUGUAGUUUUACACAGGUUAUCUACUGUUUUCAGGAAAAAAAAGAAAGAAAGGGCGGUUUGGAAAUCCUGAGCGCCGAGUCGCAAUGUUAAAUACAAGCACGUCAGGAAAUCUCAGCUGCUGUCAUUUUUGUGUGUGUAUAAACAGAGGCAGUGGGUGUUAAUGAAAGCUGUAAAUUCCCAGCGGAAUAACAUCCCAUUAAAACAUCCUUAAGCUUCUUUUUAAAUGCUCCAGUAAUGUUGGUUUAAGGCCCACGAGUACCCAUGUUUCCUCAGUACUGUCUGCUGCUGUUGCUUUUCUGUUCCCUGCAUACUUAAUGUGAUUUAGCAGCUUUGCAGACAGUUGACUAACGAGCAGACGCUCAUCUGGAGAGAGUGAUAAGGGCACAUGGGAGAGAACAAAGUAGAGGAGGAGAGGAGCAGCACAAGGGUGGGCUGAUAGGAUAGAAAAUGUGAGGAGAUGUAGUAAAAAGAAGAAUGUUUCGGAAAAUGGGUUAAUUUUCACUUAUUCGGUUUGUCCGAUCCUUCCCACUAAUGUGUUUUAAUGUCUUUAAGAUGCUUUCUCAGACCUAAAAUAUGCAUGAAUGUGAAAUAUCUUCUCACGAUUUGAAAACUCAAAUCAGGGUUGUGUGUGGGUUUUUUUUUUUUUUGUUUAAUCACAUAUUUUCAGUCCACACAAAUGAAAUUGCAUGAAGGGCUCACUGUAACCGAAAGCCAUGUUGCUUAUACAGAGCAGGGAUGCUGAACUACCCACAAAUGCUGGCCUCUUCUUCAUUUUUUUUUUUCUUCUCCCUCCAACUACUUUUGUUUUUGCGGGAGCAAGAUCUGCAAUAACGUUUCAACCAAAAUGUCUCUUAGGGUGAAGCGAGUUAUGAAAGCACCAAACUCACUGGAGUUGAAUUUUGAACUUUUAAAGAUUAAGAAGCGAGAUGUAUUUUGUAAUAUUUAUAUCCCUCAUGUAUUUAAGGAGGUCAAUUGUAAGUUUAUACAGUAUAGAUUCAGAUUUUUUUUUUUUUUGCUGUAACUAUUAAAGAAAGGGAAAAAAAAAUC